AUGGUAAAGGAAGUUCCUGGGGACCCAAAGAAAGCACAAGGAAGUCUCUUCCACCAUCUGUCUACAUACAGUCUGGUUUACAGCAUGGCAGCUAUCAUGUUGUGUGAGGCACAAGUGGUGACCACGAAUGAAAGAGAGCUGCUGCAUACAUCAGCCUCCCUAAGUUGCUCUCUGAAAACUCAUCAGGAAGUCUUGAUUGUAACAUGGCAGAAAAUGAAGGCUACAAGCCCAGAAAACAUGGUCACCUUCAGUAAGAACCAUGGGGUUGAGGUUCAGCCGGUCUUUAAGGGCAGGGUAAACAUCACACAUCUGGGACUCAGCGACUCAACCAUAACCUUCUGGAAUACCACCCUGGAAGAUGAGGGGUGUUACAUGUGCCUCUUCAAUACCUUUGGUUCUGGGAAGAUUUCAGGAAAAACCUGCCUCACACUCUAUGUACAGCCCAUAGUAUCUCUUAACUACACAUUCUUUGAAGACCACUUAAAUAUCACCUGCUCUGCUACUGCCCGUCCAGCCCCCAUUAUCAACUGGAAGGUGGAUGGGUCAGGGAUUGAGAACAGCACUGAAAGCCUGUCACACCCCAAUGGGACUACAUCUGUCACGAGCAUCCUGCACAUCAGAGACCCCGAAAGUCAGGUGGGGAAGGAGGUGAUCUGCAAAGUGCUACAUCUGGGGACUGUAAAAGACUUCAAGCAAACUGUCACAAAAGGCUUUUGGUUUUCAAUUCCUCUGUUGCUAAGUAUUGUAUCCCUGGUAAUUCUUCUGGUCUUGAUUUCAAUCUUAUUAUACUGGAAACGUCACCGGAAUCAGGACCGAGUGUUAAACUUGGCUGUGGACACCAGCUCUGAGAUCACCACCAAGGACUUAAAGGAGAAGAAGAAGGAAGAGGAAGAAGGUGGGGAGAAGGAGGAGGAAGAGGUAGAAGGUAAUGGUGAGGAAGAAGAUGGAGAUGAAGAUGAGGAGGCUGAGGCAGCUACAGGCAAACAGGCAGCUGAAGAUGAUGAGAAUGAUGAUGUUGACACUAAGAAGCAGAAGACCAAUGAGGAUGACUAG